CUCUCCGACAGCGUCCCUUUUAUCAUCUUGAUCCUCUGUUCUUUGCGUCUCCACCUUGGUUGGUUAUCAGGAGAUUUUACUCUGGUGUCCUUCACGUGGCAGCUGCAGCAAAACGGCUUCUAGCAUGGACACAUUCUCUCCAACGACUGAUAUCGGUCCCACUGUUGUCGGGACAUUCGUGACCUUCCUGCUCUUUGGAUGCCUACUCGUUCAGACGUAUGCCUACACCAUCCAGUUUGGGAGCAAGGAUCCGUGGUUCUUAAAAGGCCUAGUCAUACUUAUCGUUGGGCUUGAGCUAGGGCACUUGGUAUCAGGGGCGAUAGGAGUGUGGGACAUGACUAUUGGCACUCUUGUUGCAAUGGGCCAGGCCCUGAACGAGGCAAUGAAGGACCCCGCCCAGAUUGCAAAUGGAGGUGGACUGAGUGAGACUUUCUCUGUCGGAGCAAGCGUAGCGUCAAUCUGGGGUCCAAUCAUCGCGUUCUUCGUCCGACUCUUCUUUCUAUACCGUUUCCGCAGAUUCUCGGGAGCCUGGAUACUCCCAGGUCUUUGCGCCGCUCUCAGUAUUGCGCAUCUCGGCCUUGGACUUGCCGUAUGGCCGCUUACGCUUUCUGCCACCAACGCUGAAGCGUUCCGGGAUGACAACCAUGGAAAGAUCAUUGCGCUUCUCAUAGUCGAGCUCCUCGCCGACACGAGCAUCACUAUGGGGCUGUCGUACUACCUCUGGCGGACCGGGAGCGAUAUGGGCAAGAAUCACGCUACAUCAGUGAUGAUCAAGAGGUUGAUCCUGUGGACUAUCGAGGUGGGUAUGAUCACGACCCUGACGGACCUUUCCAUUAUCGCGACGUUCGUGGCUAUGCCUUCUAAUUUCGUGUGGACGGGUCUCUACUCAUACCAGCCGGCUAUCUAUGCCAACUCUCUCCUCACCGCCCUGAACAGCCGCACAGACAUCCACAGGCUCAACCCCGAUGUCUACGUCGAAGAUAAGAGCUGGCAUCCUUCAAGGUCGAAAGGACUGAGCUCGACUUCCGGGUCCACGACGCUUCCCCCGAUUCAAUUCAGUCCACCGCAGAACGAGACCCGGCGCCAGAGCGAAAUCGGCAUGAAAAGCAUGAGCUAUGAUCUCAUCUGAGUUAUGUCGACUGCAUCGUAGGAGAUGUCGGUGACAAGGUACUUGAACCGACGGCAGCACCUUUGAUCGCUGCCCUUGUUGUGCGCCUUCGUGCGCUUGUGCACCAACACUUACCGAACUCACUUAUUAAGGUCCCUAUUUUAUGAAUUCUGUAGUUACCUCGAAUAGCGUUUCAAAGCUAUGUCUAAAACUGCCUGUAAAGCCGCCUUUUCCG